GUUUCCUCGGCCGGGAUAUCUGCAGUAUUUUACGAUGUUACGAGGGCCUUUUCUUUAUCUUUUACUUCUUCUUCUUCUUCUUCUUCAUUUCUUGGUACCUAGGGGGGUUCUUGUUUGGAUUUUGGCUUGUUUGGUGUCUGUUGUUGCGAGCGAUUGCUGCGAUUUUUUGGUCUGUUGGUGUUUUGUCGGACUGCGAAGAUGAUGAAUUGAAUGCCUCUACUGUAUGCCUCUUUGCAUUCGCCGGUGUAACUAGCCAUUGUGGCUUCCGAUUUGUGAGCCGGCCCGGUCUAUCGCAAACUGAAUGACCAGAUGAAUCGCCAGCGUCACACCACCCUAUC